CUCUCUUCUUUUGUGCGGUUUUCAGAUAAGUUACCACUAUACGGAACUCCUACGGCCAGCCUCAGUUCAACAUACAGUGAUUUUUAUAACGCAAGUAACGCAAUAGAUAAUCAAACAACUCAACUUCAGCUUAUUAAUGGAUCUUGCUCUCGCACUUUUUACGAAAAUGAGACUGCGUGGCUCAGAAUUAAUCUGACAGCUGUCUACAGCAUGAAGUCAGUAAAACUGUUCUAUAGGAAUGACAGUGCAAACUCCACUUCAAGUUUGCAAGGUUACUACAUCAGGGUUACUAACUCUAGUGAUUCCAAUUCAUGGAAUGAGAGUCAGAUUUGCUACCGAGAUCCAGGUAAUGAAACGUUACCUGUAAUAAACGAACAGGAGUGUCACAGAGAAGGACAAUACGUGUGGAUCCUCAAUGAUAACGCUACAGAUGAGGAUGCUCCUUAUGUUCACUUGGAAAUAUGUGAAGUGGAGAUUAAAGGCUGUGAAGUAAAUAAAUACGGUGAAGACUGUAUAUUUUGUGGUGAAUCCUGUAAAGUAUGCGACAUUAUUGAAGGAUGUACACAUUGUAGUGGAAAUUUGACCGGACCAAAAUGCGAGGAUUGUUCGCCAGGAUAUUGGGAGGAGAAUGAUAGUUGUC